UGUUUACAUUACUGUGUUCUUUUAAAAGCAGAGAUGUGAUAACGCUGUAGUUUAAUAAGCGUAACACUGCAUUGUCUUCAUACAGAGAUCAAACCCAUCUUAAGAGAAAUUAGAUCAAAUGACAUUUUAAGAUUCUACAUGGUAACUUCUCAUUCUGCUACAAUGUAUCCUGUUUUCUUAAUUAUAAAGGAGGAAUACAGGGUUUGUACUUAAUUUUUAAAGGUUUUUCCCUAGCAGAAGUGAAAUGUUGUCCUCCUUCUGUCUUACCGAAAGAAAGUAAUUGCUCAUAGCUAUUCUUACCCUCCCCCCAGUGAGCACACACAGUAGCAGCUGCUCAGGACUGCUUACUUCUCUGCCAGUGCCAGAAUUUUAAAAGUGAAACUAAAGUGUGACAGAAACAGUCAUGAGGGGUGGUUGCGGCAGUUAUCUGAAGGAUUGCUUUCUAAAGUUGUCCUUAGUAUUUUUUCUAUCUUUGCUUAUAACUGAAGGAGAGACGCUGUACAAGGCAAAUGGCAGAUGCUCAGGAUGCAUAGUUCUGAAACAGAAUGUCAUCAUAAAACAAUCUCAAAAUAAAUGUUUUGUCUACAAACAUUUGCAAAAAACAGCACUCACAGGUGUCUGGUCAGCAACUCAGGUUAGAAUUGACAGCACAGAUGCUUUUCAAGUUGAAAAUCUUGAACAUAAUGAUGGCUGCAGCAACAUCGAACUCUCACAAGAAUUUUUUAAAUGUAUCCUACAUCAGAACUGGUGGGUGGACCUAAGAUUUUUCACUUCUUACAAGAAAGCAUUUCGUCAAGAUGAGGAUGUCUGUCUUCGAGUGGUACCCGAAGAGCAAAACACAGAGUAUUCAGUGACUGUGAAAGACAUCUGGCCUGAUCCCAAGCUAGUUGCUUUCACAAUUGGAGGACUUUUCUUGUUCUUCUCUGCACCAUCUUUAAGUAGGAGUGCUAUCUUGUAUUAUGCAGGAGGGAUAACACUUGGUAUAUUUGCCACAACUGUUUUCCUGCUGUUGGCCUUAAAGCGUUACCUCCCAGGGGGUCCAGUUUUCUUCAUUCUGAUGCUUGUGGGGUUUUCUGUCACUACAUACGUACUGCAUUUUUUGGGUGAGAACAUGAAUGAGCUGUGGGCUGAAUACAAGACAUAUGCUACCUAUUAUCUCCUGGGUGUCGGACUCUUCAGUUUUACAGUUUGCUAUCAGCUUGGUCCUCUGACAAAUAAAUGGAUUUUGACCUUGCUGACCUGGUUUCUGCAGCUUUUCUCCUUUAUUCUCCUUUACUGGGGCCUAGCAAUUCCAGAAGUUGCCUAUGCCUUAGUUACGGUGAUGGUCUUCUCUAGGUCACUGCGAUAUCCUUAUUCAGCUCUGUGCUAUGGCUGCAGAAAGUUCCGAGGCUUAUUCAGAAGUGGGCCAGUACCUCGUCGAUUGCUUACAGAAGAAGAAUACAGAGAACAGGGAGAUGUGGAAACCCACAAAGCCUUAGAUGAACUACGAAAAAUCUGCAGAACCUCGGAAUUCCCAUCUUGGCUGAUAGUGAGCAAACUCCACUCUCCCAAACGGUUUGCCAACUUUUUACUUGGAGAUUCACAUGUGUUGCCAAAUGAAAUCCACCUGCAUGAACAAAGCUAUGGUCUUGGUGGGUCAUUUUUGGAGGAUCAGUUAUUUCAAACUGACACACAAUGUCAACCAGAAGAUAGGUAUAACCAGCCAUUAUGUAUAACAGAGUAUGGACAGCCACACCAGAAAGUAAUGGAGGACAGUUCCGAUUACAAUCAGUGGCAAUUGGCAUUGAUAAACUGAUGCAGAUGUAUGACAAAUGGAAAUAUUUCUUCUCAGCCAUGAGCAUAUCAUAAUCCCUUUGGUUAGAGGAUCUGUACUCCAGAAUGCUUGGCAUUUUACACUGGAAGGUUAUGCUUAUACUAUUUAAAACAUUCUUGGUUGGAUUUUCUGAUUCUGUAUUUCUUUUUGUUUAUUUGUGUAAACUGCACACAUAGUGCAGUUCAUAAGUUUUGUCCCAGGUACAUAAAGUAUGUCAUUUUAUAUGCACAAAGUGGAAUGAAAGAUUCUUAGUUAAAGAAAAGUGGUGGCAUUAGAACCAGGAACUGCUGACCUAAGGAUCAUAGUUUUGCUUCUUUGACACUUGUUGCAUGACCCCAAACAUUUUUUUUGUUCAGCUUUUCUAUUCUCUACUGUUUUAUUUCUACAACCACAGAAUAGAUGCUUUGCUUGACCUAUCUUCAGUGUACUACUUUAAAUCUCAUGUAUUAUUUUAUUACAAGGAGAUCUGUUUCUACUCUGACUUAGGGUAAAAAAGUUCUAUAUUCUUCAUUUGCCCCUGGUGCUUCUUAUUGUCAGAUGGGCAGUCCAUAGAAACAAAAGCUGUACAUACUCAAAGAUGCUGGCUAUAUCUGUCUUUGUAGGAUGGAAACAAAUAUAUACUUGUGUCCUAAAUAUACUGGUAACGACCAUAGGUCAUGUUGCUGCAGAAUACUGUCAGAAGUAAAAGUAUUAUACUUACAUAGAGUUAUUGCACUGUAUUCAGGAACUCCAGAAGUGAAUAAGCUUUGAUACCUUCGAUCAAACUGGAUGAGGCUGUAUCUGCUUGAACUUUAGUUCACUAAUUCCUGCUCCUCAUCAUGAAUCAUUGCCAGCAGUUGUUAUAAGUGCAUCAGGAGUGACUUCAGUGGUUUUAGAGUUUCAGUUUAUUCUUCAGCUGUGACCACAGAAUCAGAUCUACCUGAUCACACCCUUCUCUGUCAUGACCAAAAGUAAUUUUUAUAAUGAGUGAAUAAAAUUAUGUUAUGUGUAAGAAGCUUCCAUUACACGUACCUGUGUCUGUAUCUUCAAACUUCAUUUUCCAUUAAUACCAUUUGUAAGGGGUUGCGACUCCAUUAAUCCCCCUCCUACUUUUAAAAUAGUUGUGUGGGGGCUUACCUUGGUAAUAAGGUGGGUGGUAAACCCUCUUACAAAUGAUAAGGAAAACAGAGUCUGUAGAUAACUGAUUGUGAUAUGCCCAUGAGACGCAAAUAUAUUGUUGUAAUAGUCACAUAUUUGCCGUGAUAGUCCUUUGCUCAAAUGAAUAUAGAUAGGCAGGGGUUACCAAGUAAAAUACAUUUUUUCCAUAUGUUUAAUGUCCAUCUGAACAACCAUCAGCUCAUUCAGAUUGACUUUGAUUUUACAUUUCUUCUAAAGGAUGGGACCUCAGGAUGCAGCAGUCCCCUCUUAUGUAUUCAAGUAUAUUUUCUAGCAGAUGGGUUUAGUGACAAACUUUUUUACUGUAAGUUCAUAACUCAACAUCUAAAAUUAUCUGUAAAUACAUACAUUUAAAGUAUUGAAGAAAUAACCUGUUAAGAGUUACUCAAUUUAAUCGUUCAGCAAACAGUUAUAAAUUAAGUGCUAGUACUGCACUGCUAAGGCACUAGAAUGAAUAUAAGCCAUGCUUAUCUUACUCGCGUACAUGUGCUUCAUACUUCAUUUGUCAUCUCUUUAACAUGCUUUUUAUGCUUCCAGCGCUUGUCUACCUCUACCACCAGUGAUUAAUUGACAGUUUCAUUCUCUGUGGGGCACGAAAGCAAAUUGUCCUAUCCAUGUCCUUGUGGGGUCACACUAGCAAUGAGAGAACAUCAUUCAGCCACUGGAGUGUUUUGCUGCUUGAUGUACAUACCUCCCUUUGACAUCUUGAUUGCUGCUUUUGCUGUGUAUCUUAACAGCAGUGAUUCCAGCUUUCCCCCUCCCCACAAGAUGGACAAGCCAGGUCAGUCUGUCAAUAGCCACCCUCUCCUACCCAACAUUUCAAUAGUUAGAACUCCUAGUCAGGCAUUGGUCAUCUUUGAUGCAUUCAGGGUUUAUGCUACAAGCAAGUUUUAUUUGCUCCACAGCUAAAAAUGUGUAAUUAUGUUUUCAAGUUAUUUUGAUAGAACUAGAACUCCAACAUCAGUCAGAAUAUUCUCACAUUACCACAUAUUUGUCACACAAACAUAGCACUUGAAAAGAUGCAUUUAAUAUAAACAUUUUACAAAGGCUCAUAGGUGUGUACUAGGGAAAUGGCCCUGGAGCCUUUACAAGUCUAGCCCAUAGGAUUACCCUGGCAUCGUGCCACCCGACCAUAAUU